GGCCCCCCUGGGUCCAGAGUGGCCUUGCCGCCCUCACCUGCGCAGAACCUGGAGCCGACGCGUCACCCCCAGCGGAAGCGCCGCGCUGCCCGGGCGUCUGGCGAGGUGCGCGCUCCGGGUCCCAGCUCCAGCGCUUCGCGGCAGUCGCCCGCCUCUUUCCGCCGAGCAGGGCGGGGACUGGGCGGCAUCUACCGAGAUCUGCGAUUCGAGCCGCCGAGGAGCCGAAGACCACAGCUCAGCUCGGACGGCGCCCUAGGGCCGCACAGAGGGUCGGGCAGUGCGGGAGAGAGGUUUGAAAGCGCCGCCGCCAACUCGACAGCGCGUCCCAGCGCCUUGAGCUCGCUUCCUCCUGCUCUCAGGAAAAACUGAGGAAACGCGCCUGGUUCCAGGGGUCGGCGGGGACCGUGGAGACGCUGCCAGCAUCCUCAACAGCUUGGAAAUCCCAUCACCUUGGUUCCCUGAGACUUGGAGGACUAGAGUCUUGCUUUUGUCACCCGGGCUGGAGUGCAGUGGCGCAAUCUCGGCUCACUGCAACCUCCGCCUCCCGAGUUCAAGUGAUUCUCCUGCCUCAGCCUCCUGAGUAGCUGGCACCCGCCACAAUGCCCGGCUAAUUUUUGUAUUUUUAGUAGAGAUGGAGUUUCACCAUGCUGGCCAGGCUGGUCUCAAACUCUUGACCUCAGUUGAUCCGCUCCCCCUCGGCCUCCCAAAGUGCUGGGAUUACAGGCAUGAGCCACCAUGCCCGGCCACUUUUCUGCCUUAAUGAAAGGAAAACUGGGGGGUGGCAUGGGGACAAAAAGCCACAGGAAAGGCCUGGCCUAUUGUCUCCAAGAUGGCUUUGCAAGCACCUCAGCUCAUGCAGCACUGCCAUGUGAGAUAACACACAAAUCAGGCCCUCAAAACAGAGUCCUACUCCGUGCGAAGCUCAUCCAAGAAGUAAGGUGAUAUUGAGAUCAAGGACACAAACAUGUAAUUGACCUCUGGCAAACAGUAGGAACUGACAGCUGGCUGACAGAAAACUUAUCCAGGGAGAGAAGAGACAAAAGUGAAGUGUGAAAUUUUGAAUAAUGUUUUCAGGUGGAUUAGGCAGCGAGUUGGUUCCACUGCUCAACUUCUCUGAGACCCUGGAGCCCACAGCACCCUCUUUUUCCACAAGACUGUGAUGGGGCCACUGUCCUCCUUAGGCACGGCCGUCGCCAGCAUAGUACCGGCUCCUCUUCUUCUCCCAGAACCUCCUGACACCAACCUUGGUGAAAGAAAAGCUGUGACAGUAAGUGCUCAGGUUUAGUGUUGUGGAGAAAGGCCUUUACUUGAGGAUGGCUGAAAAGUAGAAAGUCUUGGCUGGGCAUGGCGGCUCACACCUGUAACCCCAACACUUUGGGAGACUGAGGUGGGAGGAUCGUUUGAGGCCAGGAGAUCAAGACCAGCCUGGACAAUAUAGCAAGAACCUGUGCCAAAAAAUAAAAUAAAAUAUUUUAAAAAAUGUUUUAAGUAAAAUACCGUCCCCUAAAGAUUCUGCUAAGACUUUAAAAACUAAAAACAAGAUUGACCUAAACACUAGAAACUAUAAGAGAGUAUAAUAUUGAAAUCUGGUAUCUGGCAACUUGUUCUCAUUUGAAUAUCUGUUUCUCAAAUGCUACUUUUGGUCAAAUAAUUUUUUUAAAUGACUGAUACUGUAUAGCAAUUGAAUUGCAAUUACUAAGUAGUUUCUAUAUUUGAUAUUACAUUCCAGCUCAUUUCUCUACAUUUCUAUGAUCUAUUAAGCCCAUUUAUAUAUGAAAAAUGCUUUAAAAAUGAUCCUUUUGUGAUCACUGUCUCAUGUGAGCUCUUUUCAGAUGCUUUGCAUUCAGAAUAGACCUCUGAGUUGGGACCCAAGCUGUCAACUGAUCCCAAAUUCCUAAGUUCCUGACUUGCAGGUGUUGAUUUCUAACCUCCGAAGAUGGAUGAAGGUAUGGAAAUUUCAAGUGAAGGAAAUUCCUUGAUCAAAGCAGUCCAUCAGAGCCGGCUUCGCCUCACAAGACUUUUGCUAGAAGGCGGUGCCUACAUUAAUGAGAGCAACGACCGUGGGGAAACCCCUUUAAUGAUCGCUUGUAAGACCAAACAUGUCGAUCACCAGAGUGUCAGUAAAGCCAAAAUGGUGAAAUACCUGUUAGAGAACAAUGCCGAUCCCAACAUACAGGACAAAUCUGGGAAAACGGCUCUGAUGCAUGCUUGCUUAGAAAAAGCUGGCCCUGAAGUUGUUUCCUUGCUCCUCAAGAGUGGGGCUGACCUCAGCUUGCAAGACCAUUCUAGUUACUCAGCUCUUGUUUAUGCUAUAAAUUCAGAAGAUACAGAGACCCUGAAAGUUCUUCUUAGUGCUUGCAAGGCAAAAGGGAAAGAGGUCAUCAUCAUCACAACAGCAAAGUCGCCCUGUGGGAAGCAUACUACUAAACAGUACUUCAAUAUGCCUCCUGUGGAUAUAGAUGGGUGUCAUUCCCCAGCUACCUGCACCACUCCUUCAGAAAUAGACAUCAAAACUGCCUCAUCGCCACUUUCACAUUCUUCUGAAACGGAACUGACGCUUUUUGGCUUUAAAGAUCUUGAGCUUGCUGGAAGCAAUGAUGAUACCUGGGACCCAGGUUCCCCUGUGAGGAAACCUGCAUUGGCCCCUAAGGGGCCCAAGCUCCCCCACGCUCCACCCUGGGUCAAGAGUCCCCCAUCAUUAAUGCACCAGAACAGAGUGGCUUCAUUGCAAGAGGAGCUCCAGGAUAUUACACCAGAGGAAGAAUUAUCCUAUAAAACCAAUGGGCUGGCACUUUCCAAGCGGUUCAUCACUAGGCACCAAAGCAUUGAUGUAAAAGACACUGCACAUUUGCUAAGAGCCUUUGAUCAGGCCAGCUCAAGGAAGAUGUCAUAUGAUGAAAUAAAUUGUCAAUCUUAUCUUUCAGAAGGAAAUCAGCAAUGCAUUGAAGUCCCUGUUGACCAGGACCCAGAUUCUAACCAGACAAUAUUUGCUUCCACCUUAAGAAGUAUAGUUCAAAAAAGAAACUUGGGGGCAAAUCACUACAGCUCUGAUUCCCAGCUCUCAGCUGGCCUUACCCCUCCAACUUCAGAAGACGGCAAAGCACUUACAGGAAAGAAAAAGAUCCUCUCACCAUCUCCUUCCCAAUUGUCAGAGUCCAAAGAAUUGUUGGAGAAUAUCCCCCCAGGUCCCCUGAGCAGGAGAAAUCAUGCAGUUUUAGAAAGGCGAGGUUCAGGAGCUUUCCCUUUAGAUCACAGUGUUACCCAAACCAGACAAGGGUUUCUCCCACCCUUAAAUGUAAAUUCUCACCCUCCCAUCUCAGAUAUCAAUGUCAACAAGAUUUGCAGCCUUCUUUCUUGUGGUCAAAAAGUGCUUAUGCCAACAGUUCCGAUUUUCCCUAAAGAAUUCAAAAGUAAGAAAAUGUUGUUAAGGAGACAAUCAUUGCAAACUGAACAAAUUAAGCAAUUAGUAAACUUCUAGGAGAUGGGUAUAAAACACAUUUUCUUCAAAUGUUUAUAUCAGAGAAACAAAGAACUAGAGAAGAAAUCUUAAAUGUUCAUUCUUUUAAAUCUCGUGAUUGGUUAGUCCAUAAUGGCUAGAUGGAUUAAAAUGUAAUGUGAUUUGUACUAGGCGUCAUGAGCAUUAAAAAUAAUACAUAGUUUCUGUUAAGGGAAUUCUCUCAAACAAAAGGAAAGCUAUUUUUCUCAAUGCUUCUAAUAUUUAACAAUCUCCAUGUAGUCCAAAUUUGUCAUUAAAAAAAGAUCAGCAAAGAAAGAAGGCCACAUAUGUUGGGGUAAUUUUUUUAAAUUUUCAGAUUGGCUAAAUAUUUUAUUAGGAAACAGUUUUCAAGUCAAUAAUUUUUUUCACAUUUCAUGUUAAUAAAUGAGAUUGAAAUUUUUUAUGAUCUCCAAACCAUAAAACACUGACAGCUAUAAAAUGUUCUAAGAUAAAAAAACUCGAGCUACAAAGAAAGAAUGAACUAAUUCUUUACAAAUGUUGACUGAAGAUAGAUAAAACUCUAAUUAAAAAUUUAAAAGGUUAAACACUGUGUUAGAAUGGGCAACUAAAAUAUUCGUGGUGUCAGUUUAAUUAGUGUCAAACUGGCAAGUCAGAGUUUUACAACCUACUAGUAAUCUAUGCCGGGUCUUGUUGUUUGUGCACUGUGUUUUGCUUUGCUUUGUUUUGGUUUUUAAACAGACUUACCUGUAAAGUUAUCUUACGGAAUUAUUCUUUCUCCAUAUCUUUUAAGGAAUUAUUCUUUCUCCAUAUCUUUUAAUUCCUGUUAUUAGUUUUGGAAGCUUAUCCGUAAGUUUCCAAAGACAAGAUGAUAUAAAAGUUAAAAAGCAUUCCUCUUUACUUAUAUCAAAUUAUUCUUGUCUUUCAAAAAGAACCAAAAAAAAAUUAAUCAUGGAUAAAAACUAAGCGCUUGCCUUCUUUUAAAAAGAAAAACUGAUGAUUAGAUUAGGUUAGCUAAAAUUAAUAGAGGCAGUAGAAACUUAAUCACAAAAUGUACUAAAUAUUUGGCAAUAUUAAACAAUGCCUUUUUAUUUCUGAUAUGUAGUUAUUAGACAUUUAUAUAUUAAGGAUAACUUCCUUAGUGUGACAUUCCAAUCAUUUAGUAUUUUAGGACCUGUGAAUAACUUCCAACAAAAUUAAUGAAUACCAUAUUAGUAUUAUAAAAUAUUAUAAAGUAAUAAUUAUAUCAUCUAUAUAACUUCAAAGUAUGAUGUUUAUACAAAGAAUCCUUAUUUCUGUCUAGCAGCUUAACAACAAAGGAUAAAUCAGACUAUACAAAACCUAAGUGUAUUAAUUUGAUGAUUGUCACGUAAAACUUUCUUUGCCUUCCGAGUAGAGGUGAUCCUAACAAUUGGCAUGAUGCUUUUCUUGGUAAUUUGAUAUAAGCAAGUUGUAAUGUAUAUAGUAAUUAUUUAAUUACUUGUGGCUUUUAUUUUAAAAAGUAAUUAGAGGUUUUUCCAUUUCAUGUCUUGAACAACAUUAAUAUUAAUUACACUAGAAAUAUUUUUUGAUUCAGAACUUAGAAUUGUACCUGAUAUUUAUAGGUAUUUAAAUGCUUUCUGCAAGUUUAAUAUCGAGAAAAGUACUUGACUUCAAGUUGUAAGGAUACAAUUGGGAAGGGUAUGUAAAUAGAUUAGUUCAUAAACAAAAUGGUAUCAAUAAAGAUUUUAAAUAUC